AUGCAUCACACUCUAACCGGUCACAGCGGGAAGGUGAUGGCGGCGAAGUUUCUCGAAGCCUGUAAAGUCGUCUCGGGGAGUCACGACCGAACCCUCAAAGUCUGGGAUCUCCGGAGUCGUGCAUGUGGGCUCUCGGGCGAACGGGCGAGGAUUUCGGCGACACCGGCGAGAGCGUUUAAAGACCGGCAACUAAUCGACCGCGGUGAACCUCGGAAAGAAGCAGACGGCAGACGGAACGUCAGAAGGCGUGGGACUCCCUCUGGCACUCCAGGUGUCGUCUGCUUCUAUCCGGAAACCCCCCACCCCCGUCUCCUUUUUGCCUCGCCUGCGCCUUCGGAGUCUUCGACCCCUUCGCGAAGACGCGAGAGUUACGCCCGUAUCGCUAUUGUUAUCGUUCUCAUCGUUACCACGAUCCUAACGCUAGGCAUCCGGACGAUCUUCGCCGGCUCGAGCUGCAACGACGUGGUGACGAGCGACUCCAGCGCGACGAACAUCAUCAGCGGUCACUUCGACAAGCGCAUCCGGUUCUGGGACUCCCGCUCCGAGAGCGACGCCAACCAGAUCCUACUCCAGGGGAAGGUGACCUCCCUCGACCUCUCCCGAGAUGGAAAAUACCUCCUGACGUGCGUCCGAGACGACACUCUGAAGAUCCUGGACCUGAGGAUGAACCAGGUGUCGGGCACCUUCUACGGCGAGGGGUUCAAGGUGAGCUGCGACUGGUCGCGGGCGGUGUUCAGCCCGGACUCACGCUUCAUCUGCUGCGGCUCCGUGGACGGGUCCGUGUUCAUCUGGAACGUCGCAAAUCUCCAAGUGGAGAAGGUUCUCAAGGGACACACGGCGGCGGUGAUCGCGACGGCGUGGAACCCGAACGGGGACAUGCUGGCCACCUGUGAUAAAGCGAAGCGGGUCGUCAUCUGGACCGCCUACUGAUGCUCCUCGUUCACGCGCACACAUCGAUCCUUCCAGCUUCUCUGCUUUUUUUCUGUCGUUUGUUCUGGAAAACUCUCCAUGUUUCAGGUUUUUCCAUCUUGACUGUUAAUACAUUGCCGAUACGAUCGUC